CUAAUAAUUAGCAUGUAACAAUGGCUAGUACACAAGCGCUAGGAUCUACUGCUGCGGGACCUACGAUGAGUCAAGCUGGUUGCAGCUCUUCGUUGAGCCGAAGAAUGGACGGUGGACCGUGCUGUAAAUUCUGGGAAAGCCCGGAAAUUAUCUCUCAGUUGGAAACGGUUCGCAGUUGGAUUGGAAAACAUUAUAAAAAGUAUGUACAGACUGAUGCUCCCUCCAGCAAGUCUCUGUCUGGGCUGGUCAUCCAACUGCUGCAGUUUCAGGAAGAUUCAUUUGGCCGGCGAGCAAAUAACCCAAGCUUUACAAAACUCCCAGCAAAGUGUUUUCAGGACCUAAGGCCAGGCGGUGCUCUCUGUCAUAUUCUGGGAUCAGUGUACAAGUUCAAGACAGAACAGGGCUGGAGACGCUUUGAUCUUCAGAACCCAUCCAGAGUGAAUCGCAAUGUGGAGAUGUUCAUCUCUGUGGAGAAAACUCUGAUACAGAAUAACUUAUUAAGCAGACCUGUGGUGUACCUGUCUCCUGAUCUUGAACGGAAGCAAGCUCUUAAACUCAAAGACAUUGUUGUGCGACACCAGCGGACAGACGCAUAUAAUGAGUGGAUGAAUGAAGAAGACUAUGAGAUUGACGAGAAUGGGAAUAGAAUGAGUUUCAGGCGGUGUAUCUACCAAAGCACAGAGGAACAGAAACCUGGAAAGAAGCGACGACGCUCCCCGUCUCCACCGUCCUCUGAGUCUAAGAAGAAAGGAGGAAAGAAAAGCUCCGGUGUGUAUAAGAGGCGUGGUCAACCAGAGGAGGCGGAGUCAGAGGAGGACCUCACUAAAGACAUGGAGGAUCCCACACCUGUCCCUAAUAUGGAGGAGGUCAUUCUGCCUAAAAUUUUGAACUUGAAAAAAGACAGUGAAAACACUCCAGUCAAAGGAGGCAUUAUGGCUGAUUUAGAUGACCAGGAAGAGGACCUGCUUUCUGGUGUCAGAGAUGAGGAGGAGCAGAGGGAGUUCGGCCGUGGGAUGGAGGGGGAGGAGAGUGCCACAGAGCAAACCCAUCACAUCAUUGUGCCCACCUAUGCCUCCUGGUUCGACUACAACUGUAUUCAUCAGAUAGAGAGACGAGCUCUGCCUGAGUUCUUCAAUGGGAAAAAUAAGUCCAAAACACCAGAAAUAUAUCUUGCAUACCGCAACUUCAUGAUUGAUACAUACCGGCUAAACCCUCAGGAGUAUCUGACCUCAACCUCCUGUAGACGAAACCUGACAGGAGAUGUGUGUGCACUAAUAAGGGUUCAUUCAUUUUUGGAGCAGUGGGGGUUUAUCAACUAUCAGGUAGAUGCAGAAAGCCGACCCCUCCCCAUGGGCCCACCCCCAACACCACACUUUAACGUUCUCACAGACACACCGUCCGGACUCGUCCCACUACAGCACAGACCCUUACAGGUUUCAGCUUCUCAGCAUAUGUUGCAUUUCCCAGAGAAAUUGAGAGAAAAACCAUCUGACCUGCAGAACUUUGGUCUACGGACUGAUAUUUAUGCUAAGAAACAUCCAAAGAGUAAAGGCGCAAGUGCAGGGAGAGAAUGGACAGAACAGGAAACACUCUUGCUUUUGGAGGCAUUGGAGAUGUAUAAGGAUGACUGGAAUAAGGUGUCCGAGCAUGUGGGCAGUCGCACACAGGAUGACUGUAUUCUUCACUUCUUACGGUUGCCCAUAGAGGACCCAUACCUAGAGAACUCUGAAGCCUCAAUGGGUCCUCUGGCAUAUCAGCCUGUCCCCUUCAGCCAGUCAGGGAACCCUGUAAUGAGCACUGUUGCUUUCCUUGCAUCUGUGGUCGACCCUCGAGUGGCCUCUGCAGCCGCCAGGGCAGCUUUAGAGGAAUUCUCAAGAGCAAGAGAAGAGGCCCCACCGGAGAUAUUCAGUGCCAGCUUUCACAAAGCACAGAGAGUUGGGCAUAAUUUAGAUCCGGCCUUUACACUCCAAACAGGCAGCAUUGCAGAACUUGAUCCUGACCAUUCAGAAAAGACUGAUGGGAGUGGUAUAGAAACGAUGAGCACUGAAUAUGAGCAACAUGAAAAGAUUGAGGGUGAUAGCAUCUUGGGAGAGGGAGAGCAUGUGAAGAAUGAGGACAAAGAAGAGAGUGAAGGAGAGAGGGGAGAGGAGAGCACAGCAGAGGAAAGUUUUGACAUGUGCCUUACCCAAGGGGAUGGAGAGGAGAUGAAGAGGAGGGUGGCGCUUGAGCUGGUGGAGGGAAACAUUGCCACAGCUGCUGCUGCAGCACUGGCCUCUGCAGCUACCAAAGCAAAGCACUUGGCUGCAGUAGAAGAGAGGAAAAUAAAAUCUCUGGUGGCUCUGCUGGUUGAAACUCAGAUGAAAAAGUUGGAGAUCAAACUGAGACACUUUGAAGAGCUGGAGACCAUUAUGGAUCGGGAAAAAGAGGCUCUGGAGCAGCAGAGACAGCAGUUACUGUCGGAGAGGCAGAACUUCCAUGUGGAGCAGGUGAAAUAUGCUGAGAUGAAGGCACGACAGAAUGUGGAACAGCAGCAACAAGCGGGAGCCACACAGAGCAGCAGUAGUACAGCAUACAACCCUCUUCACCAUGGAUGUUCGGUGGGCAGUGCUAGUACUGGACAGAUCGUGGGUGCUCGGCACUCUGGAGCUCCCAAUGGCAUGUACCAAACUCCACCAUCCUCACAGUCUGAUGGGGCCACACCCAUGUAAUGUCUUCACUUCCUUAAGACCCAAACUCCGCAAGAUGACAUGAAGAACACAGUCACUUCAUUACCCACAUUCAUCUCUACAAUAGCACUUCUUCUGUGUAUAUUUAAUAUUUUUUAAGCAUUGAUGCUGACAUAUAAGUGAAAGAUUUGAGGCUUUUCGUUGCCGUAUCUGUCUGUACUUAAUGUUUGUAGAUCUGUUUUUGUAUUGCCACCAAGCACUAAAACAUUUGUUUUAGUAAGAAUAAAUCUUUUAUAUGGAGUUAUAA